GGCGGUAUUCAGUACAAGUCGUUUAUUAUGUUGCCUAACAUGAAAAGAUGGCGGUGUGGAAGUAGGCUAGAUCACGUUGUCUGAGAAGAUACAGAUUUCUUGUGGUUAUAACACAGAUAGAAAAGGUGUUAAUCUGGUGGAAUAGGCCGGCGCUGUCAUGGCAAGUACUGGAGAUGGUGAUAGUACAGAUAUCCAAAAAGAUAGUACAAACAUACAAGUGGAGGAGGAUGAAGACUUCAUGUUGUCAAUGGACCAGUGGGAUGUGGUGGAUGAAGCGUCUGGAUCAGAGGAAGAUGGAGGUGGCCAGAUGACUGAGGAAACGGUUAAUGAGCUGAUAGAACCAAGAGAAAAAGUUGAAGGUAAAAUGAAAUUACCUACAGCUGACACUAAUGUCCAAGCUGAUGAAGAAGUUGACACUCAUGUCAGAGGUAAUGAAAAAUCUGACACUAAUGUCGAGGUUAAUGAAGAUGACUGUAAUAGUGCUACUGAAAAAAGCAACGAAGAAAAUGAGGCUAAAAUUGAUCAUGAUACAGACCAAGUGCAUUUAUUGGAGGAUGACAUUGCUAAUGCAGAAAAUGUCCUACUGACCACAGAAGGUGCUACACUUACAGAUUUAGGGGAUAACAGCUUGGAUAAGAACAACAGUAACGAGGACGAUAAGGCAGCUGCUAUGACUGAAAGUUCAAAAGAAUCAAGUGAAUCAUCAGUUUUAGUAUCAAACUUCAGUCUGUGGCCCAAUUUUACUGUAACUAUACAGAAUACUGACGAGGAAGCUGUUCAUUCUGGGGAUGAAGGGGCAGAUUCUACAAAUACCCCUGCUGUGUUGCCAGCAGGCGAUGAAAACUUGGAAAAUCUUGAUGUGAUUACUACUUCUACAGAAACUGAUUUCGAGGAGAAACAAAAUACACUGGAUGGGGAAAAGAUUGAUGUAAAUUCAACAAUAGGCAAUGAAGAUAAACUUCUUGAAGUAAGUGAAUCAAAAGGUGAGAAGGAGUCAUUUCAUGAAGAAAUUCCAGAAAAAGACAAUGUUAUUGAUAAUGACAUGUCUGAACUUCUGGACAGUUGUACUGAUGGUAGCAAAGAAGGGAAUGCGUUUUUAGAAAGAAUUGAGGAGACAGAUGGAAAAGCAAAUCAGGGCAAAGACAACAUGGAAGUUGAAAGUGAGACAAUAGAGGAACAGGUUGAGGUGGAGACUGAUGAUCAGAAAGAGAGCUCUUCAGAUGGAACUCAGAUAGUCACAGAGUCAGUCAUAGAAGGGAAAGAGGAGGAUUCUCAGCUUGAUAUUAAACUUGAUGAUAAAAAUGAAGAACAGUCAAAUGAUGAGAAAGAAUUCAACAAGGAGGAGACUGAAGAUGAUAAAAAAGAUGCGAAGAAAAGCUUGGAAAACAUUCAAAAUAAUGACGAAGUAGAGGAAGGAACAAAUGAAGAAGAAGAAAAGAUGGAGGUAACUGAUUGUGAGAGUAAAGAACUGGAAGAAAGAAAGGAUACAGAUGAAGAGCUUGAAGAUGGAGAAAGGAAAGAAUAUUUGCAGGAAGACAAAGAUAAUGAGGGAGAGGAAGAGGUGAAAGAAGUGGAGGAAGAUACGAGUAUGGAUGAAAAGAGUCAAAAGGAGGCAAAAAAGGCUGAGGAUAUGGAGGUUGUAGAUGAAACUGUGAUUGCAGAUGUGGUCAUGGUAGAGCAAACAAAGGAUAAACUUAUGAAGACAGUACCAAAGGAACAAGUAAAACUUCGGAGGAAACCUGCCAUCAGUGCAGCCAAAGCUGGCACUAAAGCUCCUGUUGAGACUGAAGUCAAGGCACCUUUCAAGGCGGAGGCUACCCAGGAAAUCACCAGCACACAUGUUUUGGAUUUGAAGAUGACCUGUGUAACUGUUGAUGAUCUGGGGUCAAGAGAUAUGAUUCUCAUCCUUAAGAAUGCCUUACACUUCAAUGUAGAUUUCCCAGGCCAGCCUGGUGGUGUUAAAGGAAUAGGCAUUGUGACUGCCACCGUAUCCCUGGAUAAGAGACACACAAGUCUGAAGUAUUUGAUGAAAAAUCUAGCUGGUCUUUACUUUGAAGGAGUUGAGUUUCCAGACCUGCGACAGAAGUACUUAGAAUGUAUUGCCAAGGAAUGUAGAGGAAUGAGUCUGCAAGGUAUACAUCCAAAGCAAUAUUCUCUGUUUGCUUACCAACUUCCAAAAUACACAACACGGGAAAAACUCAAAAAAGUUUUCCCUAACUCCAAAAGAUCAUUCCUAGCGUAUACAAGGAGAGGUAUUGGGUGGGCAGUGCUACAGUUCAGGACAAAGGAGGAGCCCCUGAGGAUCCUACAGGCUACUGGCGGUGAAAUUACUCUAGAAAGGAAGGCUCUGCCUACAAUUCUAAGUGUUGUAUCUCUUCGUUCUACAGAGGAGCUGACUUGUCCAGAUUUCAAGGCAUGGUUUUUUGACCCAAGAUUUAACCCUGGUGGUAGAGGUUGGGGACCAAGAGUGGGGAAAGACAACUCUAGAGAAAAAGCUACAAAAGAAAUGGCCAAGGAAAUAGCUCACAAAGACAAAUUGUCUUCAAAAGAGAAACAAAUUUCUAAGAAGCAGUUAGACAAGGCACAGACAAAGGAUGGCUAUCAACAAGUAGCAAAGUUGGAGACCACACAAUCAAAUGAUGGCGGUACACAAACAACAAAAUUGUCAACAGUUAUCUCUGAUAGAAAGAUGGGCCAGUUCAAUGUACCCCCAAGUGUCCGAUGUCUGAUCUCGGUUCUACCCACUGUCGAAGGUCCAACAGCAUCAUCAUCCAAUGUCACAGGUCCAACAGCAUCAUCCAAUGUCACAGGUCAGACAACAUCAUCAUCCAAUGUCACAGGUCAGAAAUAUGUGUCAUCUCUUAUAGAAAUUCAAACAUCGUCAUCAGCUAUAACCAAAGAUCAGACAUCUGUGUCUCCAGGUAAAGGUCAGAAAGCUACACUGUCCAAGGUCAAAGGUCAAACAGCUACACCAUCCAAAGUCAAAAGUCGGACUUCUGCAGCCUCCAGUGCUAAAGGUCAGACUUCUAAAAACCCUACUGUCAAAUGUAAAGUGGCUGGUGGUGUCAAUAAACAAGAUUCUAAACUUUCUGUUGUCCAGAAUCAAAUACAGGAAACAACAGAUAAAGCAAAACCAACAGCACAAGGUAAACCGAAGAACAACUUGCAGUUCGAGACCAGCAAGGAUGUACCAACUGACAUGGUGAAACUACAGAAUCUGGAAUCUGAAGAUACUAAGUCUGAUGACAAACCAACAGUGAUUGAUGAAUCUGAAAACAAAUUAUCAGAGGAAGAUCAGGUAAAUGAUGGUGACCAAAGCCAGAAUGAAGGCGAACACCAGGCUUGUGAGGAACCAGAGACUAAGAAGAAUGAAAGUGUGGAGGAAGUAGAUGCUGAUGUGGUUGAAUUGAAUACAAAUGGAAAAGAGAGGGAUGUAGAACUUGAUGUAGAGGAGUUGGAGGAUGAAGAGGAUCCUAGUGAGAAUAAGGGUCAGGAUGACACUGGAGAGGAUGUGGAAAAACAAGAUACAAACGAGAAUAUAAUGGAUGUAGAUUCCGGGGAAGAUGUGGAUGCAAAGGAUGAUGCAGAGGAAAAUGAUGAGGUUAUAGAACUUGAUGCAGAAGAAGUUGAGGACUUGGAAGUUGAUGCAGAGGAAGAUGAAGAGGUUAUUGAACUUGAUGCAGAAGAUGAGGUUGCAGAAAUGGAUGCAGAAGAAGUUGUGGAUGUUGAUGCAGAAGAUGAGGAGGUUGUGGAUGUUGAUGCAGAAGAAGAAGAGGAGGUUGUGGAUGUUGAUGCAGAAGAAGAAGAGGAGAGUGUGGAAGUUGAUGACGAUGAAGAUGGGGUUGCGGUUGCAGAAGUGGAUGCAGAAGAAGUUGUGGAAAAUGAAGCAGAGAAUACUGAGAAUCUGGAUAAUUCAAUAGAAAAUAAAGUUGAAGAAGAAAAGAAGGCUUCAAAUGAUUCGGGGGAAAACGAGGGCAAGAAUACAGUAGAAAACGAAUCUGAUAAGGGCACACAUGCUGCUCCAGCAGUAAAGCAGUCCACAACUCAACAUAAAAUAAAUAAAUCCUCAAGAAAACUGAAAGCAUCACCAAUUAAAAAUCCAGUGAGAAGUCCUUUAAAGAAGCUUGUUUCUAGGAAAGCAAGGCCAGGAUUGGUCAAAGGUGAAGGGGCAGGGGACAUGUACGACAAUGUGUCACCAUAUGACAGCAUAUCACCAUAUGACAGUAUCUCCAGUGAUUCAGAACAUGAUGGUCUUAACAGGAAGGAAUCACCUCGUAAGAGAAAAGCUGCAGUGAAGUCUGAUAACAAAUCGAAGGAUACACAGCUAGAAAAUGACAGCAUCUCAAGUGAUUCUCUCCCACCAGAAGACUUUAAAAAGAGCAAAGGAGGAUGGGAUUACAUGCGAGGAGUAUGGGACUCAGUAAGUGGUGAAUCUGUGACGAGUGCUAAUAGUGAGCUGAGUGAUAUCAGCUCCAAGGACAGCAAAGACAAGAGGCACAGGAAGGCUAAGAAAGGCAAAUCUGAUGAUGACUUGGAUGAGGAAUCCCUCAGUAAUGUAUCUGAUGCAGAGAGUGAAGGUCAUCCCCGUAAAUAUUCUCACAAAGAGCUGUCCAGCAAACUUCACUCAGCUCUGUCAGAUGGGAAAUACAAACAGAAUGAUAGUGCAAUGGUAGCCCUCCUUCGUUCAGCACUUGAUGUGGUGGUCCAGAGUAGAGAAAAACCUAGCCCAUCACCUCCUCCUAAAAGCAGCAAAGUGAGAGGUGUCUCCCCCAGGAGAACUGAUACCUAUCACAAGUACAAACGCUCUCCUUCCCCAGACUCCUACAAAAGACGCAGGGAGUCUCCAACAUUGAGGGGUCGCCAUUCAAGGUCUAGGUCACCAAUGAUGAAGUACAGAAGAUCAUUUACUCCAUUGAGGUCCCGCAGCUCACAAUCUCCUACAAGACAUCAAGAGUCACAUUCUUCUUUACAUAUGCGAGAGUCUCUCUCCCCAACUAGACGCAGAGGUUCACUCUCUCCACUGCGAACACGAGGCAAUUCAUCUCCCCACAGAUCCUUUAGGUCACCAAUAAGAGGUGCAUAUGGUGGUAAGAGAAUGUCAUUUUCUCCAGUACAUGAUGACAGAUAUCGGCAGAGGAGGGAUGCUCGGAUAUCCAGGGAAGGCUCUCCACAUGGGACACACAGACAUGGGCUGUCACCUGUCUCGGUAUCGCCUAUAAGGGAUAGGUAUGGUCGGAGCUCAUUCUCCCCGAGUACUUCAGAUUAUAGCAGAAACAUGCUUGAUAGAGGAGGGCAGUACAGACAGAGGUCACCAUCCAACCACAGGGAUCUAAGCUUUACUCGUCGUAGGGUUUCAGUUUCUCCACCAAGGCCCACCUAUACCAGACACCGGUCAUCAUCUCCUGAAAGGAUUGUGUCCUACAGGAGGACAAGAGAUUCAGUGUCUCCCAUCGGUAGGGAAUAUGACCGUGGUCGACGGUCACCAUCACCUGGUGAAAGGCAUAGGAGAUAUAACCGAGGCAGACGGUCACCAUCACCUGGUGUAAGGGGAUAUGACCGGGGUAGACGAUCACCAUCUGAUGAAUCAAGGAGAUAUGACCAGAGCAGGCGAUCACCAUUCUCAGGUGUAAGGGGAUAUGACCAUAGCAGACGAUUACUUUCCCCAGAGUCAAGAAGUUAUGACCAGAGUAGAAGAUCACUAUCUCCAAGGACAAGGAGCUAUGAUCGAAACAGACGGUCAUUAUCUUCAGUCAGGCAAGGCUCUUAUGAUCGGAGUUCAAGGUCACCAGAAAGAUCAUAUGUGAGAUAUAGGUCACCUGCAGGGUCUUUGUCUGAUAUAAGCCAACAGUCAGUUUCUAGAAGUUUGAGCCCUAUAUCUUCAAGGUCAAGAUCAAGGUCGCCUAGUGUGAAGCGAAAACAUCCAUAUGAUGAUUACGCAGAACAAGAUACUAAGAAAGCAAAGUUGGAUCAGCCAGCAGUGGCUUCAUAUACAUCAGUUGGGUACAAUGUGUCCCAAUCCAGUUCAGCAGUGGCUGCCUCGUACUACCCUGGCACAGACUACCAGCAGACAGCCUCUGCCUACUCUCAGCACCCUACAAUGACUGCCACAGCACAUGGCCAGUAUGCAGCUCCAUACCAGCCCCCACUUGUUCCACCCCCUCCGAUGCUACCUCAGUCUGGUCCGUCAUACAUGUACUCACGGCCACCAUUGCCAUACGUGGGUCCCCAGCAUCCUCCUCCCAUGAUGCCACAUCAGCUCCAGCCUCCACCAAUGUUCAUGUCGAUGCAGCAAUCCUCAUCAUACUCUUCAACACAGCAGCCAUUAGUCACAGUCACCACCAAGAAAACCCAGCCACAACGCCGCCAGCUAAUCCCUGUACCAGAACAAGGGACCCAAUCUGCUGCAGUGUCUUCGCCUUUUACAACCAAAGCUGUGGGUAUAGUGGACCCUCCUAGACGGAUACUCUUUGUUGGCGAUAGCCUUAUUCACCAGCUUAGCAAUGAUUUUGUUGGACAGAAACAAAACUUGAACCUACAUCAGCGUGAAUUCCAAAUUCACUGUGUUGGCAAGUUAGGAGGAAAAGUAGGAGAUUUGGAGCCUCCAGCAUUGAACCAUACCAUGAAUGAAAUUCAGCCACAUAAUGUGUUUAUGCAGUGUGGGGGUGAUGACUUGGACUCGCCAAACUUUAACCAAAUAAUGACAUGCCUACCUACACAACUUGUGUCCAUUGCUCAAAGAUUAGUGGAUGGGUUUGGUGUGCUUUCUGUGGGAAUCAUGCAGAUUCUGCCACGACAGACAACCAAGCAUGUUGUCUGCGACACCUACAACCAAGGGGCCAACCAGGUUAACUGUAGCAUCAAGGCUCUUUGUAAAAACAAUGAAAACCUCUUUUUCUGGAACCACAAAAAUCUUAAAAAUACUGAUGUAGUUAGUUUAGGUAAUGAUGGUAUUCGUCUAACUGAAGCAGGAAUGGUGAAGUAUUUCCGAUCAGUCAGAGGCGUGACCUUAUAUGUGGGUCGUGGAUCAAAGAAAAGUCUUCAGUGAAAGAAUCUUAUUUUCGUUACAAGUUCAAAACUUGUUUGAUUGGAAUGUCUAUUGAUACAGUUUAUAAUAUUACCUGAAUUCACUCAUAAUGGGUUGGAAUAUUAGUUGAGAAGUGUGACAUGUACACAUUUAUGGGUGACCAUGUAUUUUACAUGGUAGUUCUUUUGAGGUCAAACAUCACAGCAGUGCAUUUUGGGAUUCUGUGAACUUUGCCUGUUUAAACAUGAAUCCAGUUUAAGUUCCAUCAAAGGCGGUAUUUGGGACAGAGGGUAUACAUGUUCACAUAUAAACAUGAGAAUUCAUUGAUGAUUUAGAAACGCAUUGUGCUUUAAUGUUAAAUUAAUUAUUGUAGGAAUUAUUUUAUUGCAUGUGAUCAAAAUUUACAAUGUAAAUUCUUAUUUUUAUAGAUGACUUGUUACUCAAAUUCAUUGUUGUUUCUUGAACUGUUCGAGUUUGAUAUAAAUUAAUGGCCAUUAUGUUUAGGGAUUUGAAAUUGGUUUGAACCAUUUGCCCCAUAUUCAUUGUUUUAGCACUAUGUUUUUACCGGAGUUUGGAAAGGCAGUAAGGUUAUAUAGUGGUAUUUCAAUGACAAUAUGAAUGAUUCUAAUCAUAGCUUCAUGUGUAAAACAAAAUGUGUUUGUGGAAAAGAACAAUAUACACCCAUCAAAUGCCAUAAAGUGUUACAUAAUAUCUUUGUUGGAUGGCAUGCUAUAAACCUCACCUUUUCUCUACUAAGUCAAUGUUUAAUUAACAGUUUGAAUACAAGUCAUCACAGAUUAGUCCCCAACAACUUGAUAUAAUGAAUUAUUUUCAAAGAAAUUUGUAGUAAAAAAAACAACCUUUAGGAGAUGAUCUGUGGACCAGAUUUAAGCACUACACUAGUAACAAACUUUUAAAAAUCAUUCCAAUCAAGAUGCCUCUCUGGGAAACAAUACGUGUCCUGAUUAAAAUCUCCUAAAAUCAAACAAUGAAAUAAGCAAAGGACAGUUACGUAGCUGUUGCAAAAAUAUUGGAUUCAAAAUGUAAUUGAGGGGAAACGCCUACAUAUGAUUACAGUGCAUACAAAGUUUCAAAGAGAGAUCUGGCGAUAAUUGAUCUCGGAUGGACAAACCAAUACCAUAAUACUUAAUAUUAAUUAGGCUUAUAAAAAUUGGCCAAAAUCCCUACACCCAUGGCAAUACUGUGUAAUAUAAACUUAGUGUACGCAUUGGAUAUUUUUCAGGAUAGAAAAGUUUUGGUAGUAAAUUAAAUAAUGGAAGUUUGUGGGUAACAUUUGGCAGACAAUUACUGCUGCAGUGGUAUUAAUAGCUUUAUCUUACAUGUAUAUGUUUGUAAUAUCAACUUUCAGAGGGUGAUUUCGUAAACUGUUAUAUAUGUAUGUUGUUAUAUUGACAUAUUAUUAGGUUUGCUUUUGUCCGAGACGUAUGUGCGAUAUUUGUCCCUGCUUUUGUGUAUUGGAGUAAUCAUUGAGUAAAAGAAAUAUUAUUCAUGAAUUGAGAAAGUGCUAGAUAAUCUGAAGGUGCAAGGAAAGAAUAAAUACCUGGUACAUGAA